AACAAAAGCCUCUCUUUCUCUCUCUAAAAAAAAAAGCCUCCCUCUCUCUCCAGAAAUAAAACUCUUCCUCCACUGCCAACUCUCUAUACACUCCCCCGGCUUUCUCUCUAUACACUCCCCCCAUCCCAUCCUCUCUGUCCUGUUACAACUGCCCCUUCUCUCUCUCUCUCUCUCUCUCUCUCUAGCCCCCAUUGAUUGCUCUGAGCUCUGCGAGAAAGAAAAAAGAGUAGAAAAUCGAAAUCACGCCCGCAUUUCUUAAACCACACGAACGUACCUCGACAAUGUCUGCCCUUCUUCACGGGAUCGGACUCAUCUCCUCCGCCUACCAAUCGCCACCUCUCCGCAGCUUUUGAUCGUCCUGUACCCGACAAAGAAGGAAACACACACAUUACAAUAACUCUCCCUUCUGGUGUCCAUUUUCUCUCUCUAGCUUCUGUCUCGUAUUUUAUCUCUCUUUGACAUCUAUAUAUAGCGGCUGGCCUGUACUGGUUUUCUCUCUCUAACCCAUUACCCCAAAACUCACAGAAUCGAAGCAUCUAUCCUGUGUCUGUUUGGGCACAGGCUCCUCUCACUAGACUCUUGCCUUUGUUGAAAAACUGCCAUUUUUUUCUCAGUCUUCAGACGUUUAACAUACACAAAACCGGCUUUCUCGCACUACCCCAAUUCGAUCAAACCCAACCAGCUGUGAAUCCUCUUCCUAACUGCUGUUUUCUCUCGCUAGGAAGGCCAUUUUUGGGGCCUCUGCAAAAUGGACAGGUGGUCUUACUCUGAAAAGCUAGAGAGAGAAAGUCGACAUGCCCACCGGAACAGGAACCCCUCCUUCUCCUCCGCCCUCUUGGACGCCAUCUACAAAUCCACAGAAGAAGACCAGCACCUCGUCUUCUACAAGAACGCCAUUAAACCCCACAUAAACCAGUCCUUCUUUGAGCCUGCGAAUGUCCACCAAUCUGCGGUGAAGCGGAGCCACAAAGCCGAGAAAAUCGUCGAAAAAAGAGUGGAGAAGACGAAGCCCCGCCGGAAAGCCACCCAACUCGGAGUAUUCGAGGCGGAGCACUACUACGAAACCCUCCUCUACGGAAGAGACCACCAUAACAACAUCUCCUCUUCUUCGGAUACGAGUGAUAGCGCGACAAACUAUGGGUUCUCCUCCUCCGAGGCCGAGUCAGCUUGGAGCCGCCGAUCCGACCCAUCGAGUCGGAAGUCCAGCAAGUCACCAUCCACCCAAUUCCUCGGCGUCUCAAAAGAAGAAGUCGCUGAGAAGAAGGCCAUCAAGUCUCGGGCGUCGAAGCUCUAUGGCGAUUUCAAGAAGGUGAAGCAGCCGAUUUCUCCCGGGAAUCGGCUUGCGAGUUUCUUAAACUCGCUGUUUUCCUCCGCCGAAAAGGCAAAGAAGGCGAAGCUCGCACGCGUGGAGACCGAUUUCCGCGCUUGCGAGAACAAGCCGCCACCUCUGCCUUCCUCGUCUACUUGCUCCUCCGCCUCCUCUUAUUCGAGGUCGUGUCUCAGUAAAACACCGUCGAGUAGAGGCAAGUCCGGGCCUAACGGCGUCAGGCGUUCCGUCCGUUUUUACAUGCCAGAGGAGACGGCGGAGCUCACGACAUCAGCCACCGUUAGGAGGUCCGUCAAGUUUUAUGUGCCUGGUGAGGCGCCCGAGCUAACGGAGAGCGACGCCUUUAGGGUGCCGUUUCAUGAGAAGCUGAAGCUCCAUUUCAUGGAAAAGAGCCAAAAGGUGGAGGCGGGGAAGGAGCUGUUCAACGAGUAUCAGAAGAAGAGUGAGAUCAUAAAAGAGGUUAUAAUGAGGGAUUUUGUGGAUUCCAGAGAGAGAGAAUUAGGGUUAGAAGAGGAAGAAGAUGAUGAUACAGAGAGCUGUUCGAGCUCUGAUCUCUUCGAGCUCGAGAAUUUGGCGGCCGUUGGAAUCGAUCGAUAUCAGAAGGAGCUUCCAGUUUAUGAGACGACUGAUUUAGGAACGAACCAGGCCAUUGCAAAAGGAUUCCUUCUCUAAAUCCUAUUGAUUACUAUGAUGAGUUCCUCUCUUAUUUUCUCUCUCAUCUUUUUUGCGUUUUUCGGUUAAUCUUCCUUUUUUUUUACUGGUUUGGAGUUCAAGGAGAAUAAAAAUGGAGUAUGAAUUUGGGGUAUAAUUCCAUGAACUUACUGUAAAUAUGUUGUUUUUUAAGGGUUUAUUCAGGGUAUAU